CGGCCAGAGGGCACCGAUCAGAUCACACAGUCGCCAGGAGCUGAAGCGACCAGAGCGGAUCUGUCCUCUCCAAAAAGCGCGCAAACCAGAGGAGCGAGGAAACACUGUGGAGACAUGACGGUGCCAACUGUGCGACAACUUUUUCUUUUAUGUCUAUUGGGGUUUUUUGGAUGUUGGAGCACAACAGAUGCCAGUCCUUAUGAUCAGUGGGAAGAUGCCAUGGCGUUACGAAAGGUGCGAGGCGUCCAAAACGAUGAUUUGAGUGGCGUGUUGUGGAGAGACCAGAACGAGGAGCAAGUCCAGAAUGUUUUCAAAAGAUUCUUAUUUCAUUACUCCAAAGCUCGCAACUCUGUCGGAGCCGUACAGCAAGAGUCUCACUCAGUUCACCCUCUGAUGCGACUUUCACCAAAACUCUCACAGAGGAGAAAGAAGAAGGUGGUGCUUUUGAAGAUUCGAAGUCUGCCGGAGGGGCUGUUGUAAAAGAAAAACCUGAAAAAAAUAAAACAGAGAAAACUACACCCAGCAGAAGAAGAGAAGCUGGGAGCUCUGCCUCUGGACGUCACCAUCAACAUCAAGUGACUGAGUAACGCACAGGCGUCUGCGACACGACUCUCCAGAUUUGUUAACAGAAAAUAAAUUAUUGUAUCGAUGGAAAAAAAAACAAAAAACUACACUGCACUGCCAUGGCUGCCACGUGUCUUGUUGCUUCCAAAUGUCACUGAACUGUUUCUGAGCACAAAUUUGGCAUGUUGCACUGUUACACAAGAUGUGUGUCACAAGACAUCAAAAAACACUCAAAAUAAUCAUUUUUAUAAUCAGCAGUGACACACACCUCCAACACAAAUUUUUAAGAAAGAGAAAAUUGGCACCAGUCACUGUGGCAAAGAGGCGAACUCACAUUUAAUUCAACACAAUUAAAUGUACAUGUACAUUUUGUGACAUAAUUCUCAGAAAACAUAAUAAAAAACAUUCAAAUUUG